CGCACGCACGCACCAACGACGGCCGCCGCCGAACGAGGUUGAGAAAGCCACGGCGCGCGUGAGCUGUGGCCGUGAGCCAGACGAUCCAUGCACGUACCUACCUGCGCCACUAGCGACGAUCGGUGAGUGUGAGUGACCAGCGGAGCAGCCGCUUUCUUGUCACGGAGCACUGAGCUCCGGCACCGGUGGUGGAUCUCAUCUUCUCUCCCAACGGCGCGGUCCAGAUUUAGCCCAGGCAGCGGGGUCCUCGCACCUGUCCUUGGUUCCAUCCGGUCCCCGGCAAAAUGACAGCCUCUGCUGACGGGCGAGCGUACGACGGUAGGCGCCACGCGGGCGGCCACUGCCGCCCACGGCCGGAUCAGAUGUCAGUGAACCAACCGCACCAGCCGCAGCAAAAGCCGGGGAGGGUAGCUCGCGUGUUGGUGAGUGCGUUAAUCGCCCCUCGCCUUCGCCACCGGAGUCCGUUAAAGCCCACCGCCCCGCCCUCGCCCCGCGCCCGCAUAUCCAUCCAUCUUGCAGCCAGCCAAGAAAGCAGGCCACUCCUGACGAGCGCUCUUGGAUUUUGCGGCGCCGGGCGAGGGGAAGGAGGGGUGGGCAUGGAGGGGUCGUCGUCUUCGGCGGCGGCGUCGAUGGGGGCGGUGGGGAGGGCGGCGAGGGCGGGGGCGAAGGUGUGCGGCAAGGAGGAGAAGGUGGUGGGCGUGCAGAAGGCGCCGGGGAGCUGCCCGUACUGCGGCGGCGGGGUGGUGGCCACGGACGUGGAGGCCAAGUGGGUGCUCUGCUUCCUGCCGCUCUGCCUCAAGAACAAGCGCAGGUUCGCCUGCACCGCCUGCGCCAGGCGCCUCGUCACCUACCCCGCCAUUGUCCAAGACUAGCUAGCUUACCUUCCUCUCUCUGUCUCUCUUUCGAUUUGAUUUCCUUGGUUUGGUUAUCCGGAGAAUGAUUAGAGUACCCAAGAUUUUCAUCAUUACAAAAAUAGCAGAUCGGACAACUCAAGAUCGACCGAUCGAUUUGAUUAGCGGAUUCUCUAGCUAAUUGUUUCCUUGAUUGAUUUGGAGGCAUGCA